AUGGCAUCGCUCCCCAGGCCUUUGCCUGGCAUGCUUCUGCCCUGGAGCAUGUCCAAGAGACGGUCGAUCGCUGCAAUCAACUCCAGCGGACAAGCAGGUUUCCCUGUGCGGUGCGGCCGCCACAACAUCAUACUAAUUCCUUCCAGAGAGUCAUCAUCCACAUCAACUCGAUCACUACACUACUCCUCUACACAGUCGUCACCAUCCAGCAACCUGACACUAUCAGGAGUACCAUCGCCGUCACUGCUCCCCAAUCAUCAGCAUCACCACCAACCACAAGGCGCCGGUAUGGGGCCACCAAAACCGGCGCCUCUCUCAGUCUUACCUCUGGCCACCGUGCUCAGGUCAUGGAUGACGGCCACGAUAUCCUCGUCGCCAUUCUUCUUACCUCCCUCACUGGCCAUCAUGUCCAUGCUGGCCCAUACAACCAACCCAGUUCUCAACCCUGACUCAAACCCACUGUUGCGAGCUCUGCUGAAGAAGACGUUUUAUGCCCAAUUCUGCGCCGGCGAGCAGCCUGCCGAGGUAGCCAGGACGAUCAAGGGCCUCAAAGACGUGGGGUUUGAAGGGGUGAUUUUGGGCUAUGCCAAAGAGGUCGUCACCCCGCAUGGACAGGAGGGAACUGGUUCUUUGCCAAAGCAUGUUGCGGAAGAGACCAAGGUCGACAUGGAGGAGAUUGACAGCUGGGCUCAGGGGACGCUCAUGACCGUGCUACUGGCCAACAGGGGGGAUUAUGUGGCCCUCAAAUUUACCGGGGCGGGCGUGCUGGCAUUGCAGUGUCUACGGCAGGGGGCGGAUCCCUCACCACAGCUGAAAAAGGCGAUCGAGAGCAUAUGUGUAUUGGCCCAGUCAAGGAGUGUCAGGUUGCUAUUCGACGCUGAGCAAGCCGCCGUCCAGGGCGGAAUUGACAAGUGGACGGUGGAGUUUAUGGAGAGGUACAACAGAACCCAGCCGGUGGUGUAUGGGACAUAUCAGGCUUAUCUCAAGUCGACUCCCGAAACGUUAAGUCAACAUCUACAGGAAGCCAAGAAGAAGGGGUUCGUACUGGGCGUCAAACUGGUCAGAGGCGCGUACCUGGGGAGCGACCCAAGGCAGCUGAUACACGACACCAAGGAGGACACAGACAAGGCAUACGACGGUAUUGCGGAGGCGUUGCUCAAAAGGGAUUGGCAAGUAGGACCGUUGAAGGGAGAGGGUCAGUUUCCAGACGUGUCCAUGGUAGUGGCUACCCACAACAGAGAUUCCGUGGUCAGGGCAAAGAGAAUACUGCAGCACGAGAGCAAGACCAACGAUGUAGCAUUUGCGCAGCUGCAGGGGAUGGCGGAUGAGGUCAGUUGUGAGCUCGUUGCGUUUAACCAACAAGAAGCGACUGAGAAGCAGGAAAAGGCCAAGGCGUACAAGUACUUGGUGUGGGGUUCAACAGGAGAGUGCAUGAAGUAUCUGCUGAGGCGAGCGUACGAGAACAGAGAUGCGGUGCAGCGCACAGUUGGGUCGAGAGACGCCAUGAGGGCCGAGGUCUUGAGGAGGCUCAAGUCGUUGUUUGGAUUGGCCUGA